GCCAUUGUAAUGUUGUGUAAUCUGUUGAAGUAAAGCGUUGUUUAAAGAUAAAGUUUGUUUUUAGUCCAUUUUAUGAGCUAACGAUGCUAACCGCUCAUUUGUUUUCGUCGUCAUUGUUAGCUUGUGGGAUUAGCCUGCUAGCUUGAGCUGCAGCCUCCAGGUGCUUUCAGAAAUGCAGACUACAGUGAAACAAAACUACCAUGCAGAGACUGAAGGCGACACCAACAAGCUCAUCAAUCUGAAGCUCAGCGCUUCCUACACCUACCUUGCCCUGGGGAUGUAUUUUGACAGGGAUGAUGUCGCAUUGCCACACUUCUCCUGUUUUUUCCUGGAGCGCUCCAUGAAGGAGCGGGAACAGGCUGAGAAGCUGCUGGAAUACCAGAACACCAGAGGAGGCCGGAUUCUGCUUCAGACCAUCGCUAAACCGAGCAGGGAGGACUGGAGAGACGGUCUGGAUGCGUUGACCUUCUCCCUGGAAUACCAGAAGUCCCUGAACACUUUCAUCAUGGAUGUUCACCGCAGAGCCGACGGCAACAAAGACCCACAUCUGUGCGACUUCCUGGAGCGGGAGUUCCUCGUCGACAGCCAUGACACCAUCAAGAAGCUGGGCGACUACAUCGGCAGUCUGACCCGCCUCACCACCUCCGACCCGCACGGCUCCAUGGCAGAUUACCUGUUCGACAGACACACCCUCUAAAAAA